CGUAGUCCUCGUCGUCAAUUACAUCCGAUUGGUGGGGCGGCGAAAACGUGAUCACCUCAAAUUAUGAGCUGAUCGCCCCGCGGCACACUCGUGUCCGUAUCGUACGUAGAUAGUCGUGAACGUUUGGCGCCAGCAGACGUGAAGCCCGUACAUUUUCAACAGUAUACCGUAUUUUUAUCAACGUACGCGAUAUUCUGCGUUACCGGUGUCGAUGUAAACGCGCGCGAUGUUCGCCACGCUGUCCACCACGACGUCGAUGACGCCGGCCGCCGGCGCCGGUGCCGCGAGCGACGCGCACGUCGGAUGCGGCGGCGGCGCCGGGACGCUGACGAUCACCGCGCUAACGGUGGCGUGUGUCACGCUGUCGGUGAUCGUUUUGGCCAUGUCGCUGAUAGACCUGCCGUACUUUUUCCGUUCGCUGUUCAGUUACGUGUCCGGGACGUGUUUCAAGAAAAAAAUCCGCGCCACCGAGACGGCCGUGUACUCGUCCCUGUGCCUGACCACCGAUCUGGACGUGUACCUGUCGCACAUGAACAACGCUCGAUACCUGCGCGAAAUCGAUUUGGCCCGGAUUGAGUUCGUGCUGCGCACAGGCAUGUGGCACGAGCUCCGCCGGCACGACGCCCUCAUAUUCACCAUAGCCAGCAACGUCCGGUACCGCAAGUUCGUGCGCACGUUCAGCCGAUACGAGAUCCGUACCCGGAUCGUGUACUGGGACGACGUGUCGCUAUUCUUCGAACACCGGUUCGUAUCCAAGGCCGACGGUUUCGUCCGGGCCAUCGUGUACAACCGACAGCGGGUGGUCAACUAUAGCGCCAACGAGCUGAUGCGCACUCUGGUCGGCACCAAGACGGUCGACGGGGCGAUCCAGAGGCCCGAGUGUCCCAUCGAGAUCCACCACUGGAUCCAAUCCAACCUGAUGUCCAGCGCCAAUCUCAGGGCCGAGAACACGGCGCCGGUCGCAGGCAGUGACGAUCCGUGAUGAUACCUAUUUUAUAAUACGUAUACAGUCCGGUCCGUACCGGUGCAUAUUCGCUCCCGCCCGUCCGAUCAAGUUUCACGACGCGCCGCACUGCACCCCAUCGCCGCGGUGUAAAUGCUAUCGUGUUGCAGUGCAGUCAUCUCCGGAUCUGGUUCGGGCUUUAAUGAUAACAUACCAAUACCGACCGAAUUUUACCAACCGCGGUUUUCAAUAGUAUUAUGGUUUUUGUUUAAGUUAAUAUUUGUAUUGUUUAAAUAUUAUGAACGCAACCGUCUCCUAAACAUCUGAUAUUUGUAACGACCUCAUCGGCACUACACAUAAUAAUAUUUUUUUAAUAUCAUAGGGUUGUUUUUUGUUAUAAUAAAAAUACCCAUGACUAUAAUAUUUUUAUUUUACUUUUUUUAAAUUUAUUAUUUAGAUAUCCGGAAUUUCCCUUUCCGAGUACACCUGUUUUGUCGAAAUGUCUACACCACCGCUUUUUUUUUCGCCUUCCUAUCUUGUAAGUUGAC